UCAUUUUUGAUAAAAAAAUAGUUUGUGGUGUUAUUAUUAAAAUCAAAAUGGCGUCUACUGUGGUCGCUGCAGCAACAGUCCGUGCUGUCAAAAGCAGAAAAAUAUUUCCUACAAGAGCAGCACUUACUUUAUCACCAAAUGCAGUUAAAAAGAUCAAGGAGUUAUUAAAGGGCAAAGAUGAAUAUGUAGGUCUAAGAGUUGGUGUGAAACAGCGUGGGUGUAAUGGACUCAGUUAUACUCUAGAUUAUGCUAAAGAAAAAUCUAAACUGGAUGAAGAAGUUGUUCAAGAUGGAGUUCGAAUUAUGAUUGACAAAAAAGCACAAUUGUCCCUUCUAGGUACUGAAAUGGACUACUUAGAAUCUAAAUUAAGCUCUGAAUUUAUUUUUAAUAAUCCAAAUAUUAAAGGAACAUGUGGAUGCGGAGAAAGUUUCUCCGUUUAA